CGGGAUUGAAGAGACCCAAAAGUGACAAAUUAUAUCGUGAGAGAAGCUUUUGUCAUAUUAUGCCUUCCUAAAUUGUUUAAAUGACAAAGUAUUUUGUCACAAUAGAUAGAAAUAAUCUCACGACGAGCUGACAAAAGGGCAUCUUCGUCAUAAUAUAGUGGUUUUGGCUUUGACAAAAGACAUGUAUUUAAUCAAUUCGUGUAUUGUAAUUUAAAGCAUUGUGUCAAUGUGAAUUUGAAAAAUACAUUGUUUGGAGGUUGAAUGAUUUAGUUAAUUGACCCAAAAGCUGACUUUUUCUUAGGCGGGAUUGAAUCUGUCGGUUACCCAAAAAUUUCAAAGUAUUGUAGCGGCACACUUCUUUUAAAUAUAGGGUUUAAGGUUUUCUUUUCAUCAUAUAACUAAAAAGUAAAAAGAGGUUGGUUGGAGAAAAAAGAAGCGAGAUAUUGAGGCCCUACGCAUCAGUGUGUUCGUCAUGAACGAAGGUGAUCUCUGAGUUUGAAUUUUUUCGUCCUUAUUAUGGUUUCUCACGUUUUAUAAAAUUGGUUGUUCGACUGUGGCUAGUGAGCUGGUUUUAUGAUUUUUUUCGUCCUUAUUAUGGUGCUCGUGAGCGGGUUUUAUGCAUUGUUCAGGAAAUCGUACCGGACAUCAUACCGGAUUACUUUCCGGUAGGGUGUUUUGUGCUACGACCGUGGUUCAGUAGUUUCGUACCGGUAAAUACCGUUUUUGUAAUAAUCAAAUUUUUUUUCCAAAAAACCGUGCCGACAAAAUCAUAGUAUCGUUUCGGAGUAAUACCGGACUGUACCGGAUAAUAAAUACUAAAUACUUUAAAAUAUCAAUAAAUACUAAAAGAUAUCAAUUAAAAUAAUUAAAAAAUAAAACUAUUUCACCCCCACUCCGUCCCAUCCCAAUUUCUCUCCCCAUUCUGUCCCACUCCCAUCCCAAUCUUAUCUUCUCCAUCUUAAUAUUUAAUUCCAACUCUCCUCUCUCUCUUUCUGGUUUGCGAGAAGUUGCAGAGGGAUCUUCCCCAUCUAAUUCUAAUUCCAACUCUCUUCUAUAUCUUUUUUGCGAGUAGUUGAAUGAGGGAUGUGGUCCAUAUUCCUUUACUCGUUUUAUGGAAACUGAAGGUCCCAAACGAAGUCGUUUUAUCAACUAAAGGGGCAAAAUAAAAAAGUGGCGUCUCUGCGUAUGCAUUGCAAAACCCUAUCUUCUCCCACGAAUGCGCCUCAACCCUCCCCUUCGUCUCUUUGUUCACAAGGGCAGGCUGCUCUACGAAUGCAAUCAAGCCGCCACUAUCGGCGAUCCCGCCACCCCACCAUCGGUCGUGACUCGCCAGCUCUACCGUCCACCGCGACCAGAACUGCACCGCGAUGCGAACUCCUCGACGAGCCAAACUCCAGCGCGAGGCUACACCACGAGUCAAACUCCAUGGAGAUCCUUCACCGCCACCCGAGCUGGACUGCGAGCCUCCACCGCAGAUGACUCCUCAAUUUUCUCAUUCAUCCUUUCAAUUUUACUUGUUCCUCUGUUUCUUGUCCAAUAGAUUUUUUUUAGAAAGACAGACGCAACAAGCUUGAGGUUUGUAGCUUUUAAAUGAUUUUACUUGUUCCUCAGUUUCUUGUCAUAAUUUUCUUUUAUUUUAUAGCUUUUAAAUGAUUUAAGUAUUUUGUUUUCUGUGUUGAAGGUAUUGAUGUUGGGCGUCGAUGAGGAUCAACGGGUUGAUUGUUGUGUUGGUGGUGGUGAGGUGGCGAGCGGUGGGGGUUUGAGAUGGCUUGAGGCACGUCUUUGUCCGAUUUGGGUUCAGAAGGCCGAGCGGCGGAGAUGGUCGAUUCGCCUUCCCCUAUAGUUUCUGGGUUUGGGGGUGGUAGUUUAUGGGUGUCAAAGGGUUCUGAUUAUUGGGUUUGGGGGUUUGAUUUGAAAGAAGCUUUGUGGAUUUCUAAGAGGGGCUUUGAUUGGAGAAAGCCGAACCAGAUUGAAAUUAUGAUUUUUUUCUCCUCGAUGGUUUAGUUCUUGGAUUGGAUUGAGGGGUUCUGUUUUUUCAUUUCUGUGGUUCUGAAGAAGAUGUGUUUCUGUGGUUUCUUAAAAAAAAAGAAGUGGAAGAGACAUAGGGAAGUGACUAGAGAUUGAGACCAGAGAAAGAGAGCAGUCGUUGGAAAUUGUAGGUAAAAAGUGGUAAUCAGGGUAAUGUAAAAUAAAUUGUCAUAUAGUACCUACAAAUAAAUUACAUUUCAAUCAUCUAAUUAUCAAAUUGCUAUAAUUAUGUAUAUAUUCUUUAAUAUUCGGGCUAAAUCAGGUGAAAACGAUCCGAUCAUUAACCCUUAACCCGCAUGCUCAAUCGGACCAACGGACUAAACCGGGUUAACAACCUUGCUUGUGACAAAAUGUAGUUGUCACAACAUACAGUUAUGACAAAAUAAAAUCGUGUAAUAUGACGAACAAUUCUCCCAAAAUCACCAGAUUAUGACAACCGCAAUGAUAAAAUAUUUCGUCAUAACAUCUCUGUUUGUCACAAUAGACUACCCAGACCCUCGGCUAUACUGAAAGCAAAUGUGACAACCUUGUUUUAAAAUUUUGUUACAUUUGACCUAUCCUGACGGCGAUCAAAUGACAAACCUUUGUGACAACACCUUUUGUCAUAUUAUGUCAUAUUAUACAUAAUAUGACAAAAUGGGUAUCUAAUAUGACAAAAUUGCCUCGUCGUAAUAGGCCGAAUUUGUUGUAGUGGGAUGAGCCAUGGCGAUAUGGUGUGGCGAAGUAGAACGACAAGCGCUCGAAAAUGCUAGAAUGAGGAAAAAGGAAAAUAACAGUAGAGCUAGGUGUGUGUCAAACACAAAGAAAAAAUGAGAGGAAAAGCUUACCAUAGUGGUAGGAGUUUUCAAUUUUCAUGAGGGAAGAGUAGAAUAAGAUGAAUGAAGUCGAUAUCGCUGAAGACGGGUGAAGCUCAAGCUCUCAAAAUAAGGGGAAACUCAAGGGUGUUUUUAGAAAGGAUUGAAAAUAGUCACCGUCAGUAAGCUCAUACAUCGUGGAUCGGGGGCGUUGCCUCCGAACCCCCAUCGGAGGCCACCUUGCACCCCUAAAUCGAGCGCUUCGCCCCUGGACCCCUACUCGCUGACCAGUUAGAAAGACCAUCGUGACUUCCAAUCGACCGCUAAUAAUUUUUCUUCAAGUCAUAGAGACAUAUCGUGCCAAGCCAAACCCUUCUCCUUGCAUCGUCUCUCACUAUACACAAAGAUCAUGGGAAAACCAGACCUCAAACCCCAACUGAAGGUCAGGCACCUCACUGAAGGAGUGAGGUGUUAGGUGCCCAACUGAAGGUCGGACACCUCGCUGAAGGAGUGAGGUGUCAGGCACCCUAUCAAAGGUCAGGCUCCUCGACAAAGGAGUGAGUCGCCAGGCACCCCACUGAAGGUUAGACGCCUCCCUGAUGGAGUGAGGUGCUAGGCGCCCAACUGAAGGUCAGGAACCUCGAGAAAGGAGCGAGUCGCCAUGCACCUUGUUGAGUUUGGGUCUUAAGGCAAAUAACGACAAAUUGGGUUA